AUGCCUCGUGGGUUGAAUCUAAGCCCCGUCCUUAUACCCAUCCUCUUUGCUCGCUUCGUGGAGCAAGCCGCUGCGUUGCGCCAGCCCUCAGUGGCCAUUAAUGCCAGCAUCGACCUCAAUUUUCUUCCUUGGACAUAUCGCAUCCCCAACAAGGUUCAGAAUAGAGCUAGUCAUGCUCGAUUCGACAUCCAAACGCCAUCCAAGACCCUUAGCCCGGAGACGUUGCUCAGCUUGGAUGCACCCCAGAUAGAUGUUGUGAACGCAUCCGUUUUCGACUGGUGGUACUUUGAUGCCGUGUCGGAUGUUGACCCCGGCGACUCACUAGUCGUGACCUUCUUCACCUCGUCGGUUGUUGCAUUCCCGUUCCUGAGUGCGGACGAGUCCUCCGUUCUCAUUGCGUACUUGUGGGCAUCGUUUGCCAAUGGCACCGUCUAUGCGGAUUUCAUCCCGGCUACUGUGGCCACCGUCGUCGGUGGAACAAGCAAUGUGUCCAGCACGGGUCAGUGGGCGCCGACGGGCUUCAGCUGGGCUUCUCAUCAGAGCAACCUGUCUCAGUAUGAGAUCACCAUCAGCUCGAAGGAAAUGCAAGUUAAAGGGCGUUUUACUCUGACUUCGGUGGGUGAUGCGAUUGCAUGCACUAUUUCUAGGCAUAUAUCAGGUAUUGACACUGCGAGACAGCGUGCCCCUAUUCAUCUGCCGUGUGGAAUCCAGGAAGGAAUAACCACCCUCGAGAUCGCACCCCAUAUUGGAUGGGCUAACCUCGUUCCCGACGCCACAGGCAUGGUUGACCUGACAAUCCAUGGUUCGCCACUGAGGUUCCAGGGCCCUGGGUAUCACGACAAGAACUGGUCGGACCGCCCUUUCAUGGAAUCAGUCCAGAGCUGGUACUGGGGCCAUGGCCGCCUGGGACCCUAUUCCCUUGUGUGGUUCAGCUACCUCGCCCUGAACGACCCCACAAACACAACCUACAUGAGCAGCUAUGUCGCCAAAGAUGGCCAAGCGAUCGUCUCAUCUUGUGAUAUAUCGCCCUUCGCAGUUUAUCCGGUGGGCAGUGCGGGAACUACCGGUGGGCGAUACCCACCUCACGUUGGGGAUGUCCCCGAAGGAUUCCGACUACAGUUCGAUUUGGGAACAGAGGGCUUACUGAAGGUUAACGUCUUCGUGGGAACUGUGGUUGCAGGUGACGGGGAGUAUUAUAUGCGGUGGACUGGAAAUAUGACCGGGAAAAUCGUGAAGAACGAGAGUCGACUGCAAGAUGCGUGCGCUGCAGGUGGCACAAAUACAAUACCCGUCUCACAGCCCUCGUUGUUUGCUGGUGUUGCAGUAUUCGAACAAUUUGCGCUGGUAGAAUAA